ACAAUGUGGUUACUGCGCCAACUGAUUUUUGGUGCAUGCCUCACAUCAGGCAUGUUGAGUUCUUCACUCUUCGUCUCGCAGAUCCUCCUAACGACCGAGAUGACAUUGUUUUGGGAAAUCUGCAAAGGUUGGGGAAAGUGUUAGAUUUCAAGUGCAGCAAAGAAGUGGUGAAAAAAAUUCCCAAUAUAAAAAAAUUGGUUUUUUCUAACGGGGGAGAGCGUGACGAUGACAUGUAUUGUCUCAGCAAUCUUGAUGCUCUAACGAAACUUAAGUCCUUGAAUUGCUCUUUUUUAGCAAUGGGUGCAAUCAACUUUCCCCAAUCGCUCAAGAGUUUGGUUCUUCGUAGCGAAGGAUCGAGUUAUUGUUGGCAAGACAUAUUGGAUAAGGUAGGUGUGUUGCCCCAUCUUCGGAAGCUCAUACUCAACAAUGGGAGAUUCAACCAAGGGAAGUGGGAAACAACUGAAGGCCAAUUCUGCGGUCUCAUAUUCUUGAGUGUUAAGUGGUGUGAUGGUAUAGAAAUAUGGAAUACUCAAAGCUCCCACUUUCCAUGCCUUGAGUCCCUUCAUCUUGUUGAAGUAUGUAAGUUGGUGGAGAUCCCUUUAGAUUUCGCAGAAAUAUCCACACUUAGAGAAAUUGAUGUGAACCGUUGUAGCGAUGCGGUUGUGGAAUCUGCUAAAAGAAUAUCAGAGGAACACGAGGACUAUUAUGGGGAAGGAGCCCUUCAAGUUCGUAUUGAGCUUGCUAGUCCUCACUCCGAGCUUGCUAGUCCUAACUCCGAGCUUGCUAGUUCCAACUCCGAGGAGGAAGACGACUAAGCAUAACUGAAAAACAAGUGGGAGAUAAAAGAGAGACACCCAUUGUUGUGCUGGAAGAGACUAUCCAAGAACUAUAUAUUUCUGCAAAAAUUUAUAUAUUUCACAAAAUCUUGGGUACACCUGGGUAUACCGUACAACCGGGUUGACCCGUAUUCAGAAUAAUAUUAUUUAUAUGGGUUGGAUCAGGAUAUGAGUUCAAAUCAGGGUGCGGGCCAAAGUUUAAGUGAAAGUAUAUUUUCAUUCACAAUUAUCAAUGAUAUGUUUUUGAGUUAUGGUUAAAUAUUUUGAGUGAGAUGUUAUACUGGUGGUUAUUGUGAAGCUUUUCCGCAUAAGAAUAAUAUGAUAGGGCUAAGUUAAAAGAGUAUUAGAAUCGUUAUUGUUUAUGUUUGGUUUAGUGAAAAGAGUUUUUAUAUCAUAUAUA